AUGACACAAGCUCCUCUAGACGCAUCAAAAUUGAAGGUCACUCCAACUUCUCAUCCAACUCAAUUGAAAUCUAAUGAUCAAUUGAUCUUCGGUAAGACAUUCACUGAUCAUAUGUUGACCAUUGAAUGGACUGCCGAAAAGGGAUGGGAUAUUCCAGAAAUAAAACCAUACGGUAACUUAUCUCUUGAUCCAUCUGCUGUUGUUUUCCACUAUGCUUUUGAAUUAUUCGAAGGUUUAAAAGCGUACAGAACUGAUGAUCAUAAGAUUACCAUGUUCCGUCCAGAUAUGAAUAUGAUCCGUAUGAACAAAUCUGCUUCAAGAAUUUGUCUGCCAAAUUUUGACCCUGAAGAAUUGAUUAAAUUGAUCGGUAAAUUGAUCGAACAAGAUAAACAUUUGGUUCCAGAGGGUAAAGGUUAUUCUUUAUAUAUUAGACCAACUUUAAUUGGUACUACUGCAUCUCUUGGUGUGUCCACUCCAGAUAGAGCUUUACUUUACGUUAUUUGUUCUCCUGUGGGUCCAUAUUAUAAGACUGGUUUCAAAGCUGUUAGAUUAGAAGCUACUGAUUAUGCUACUAGAGCUUGGCCAGGUGGUGUUGGUGACAAGAAAUUGGGUGCCAAUUAUGCUCCUUGUGUUUUACCUCAAUUACAAGCUGCUGAAAGAGGUUAUCAACAAAAUUUAUGGUUAUUUGGUCCAGAACAUAAUAUUACCGAAGUUGGUACUAUGAAUGCCUUCUUUGUCUUUAAGGACAAUAAGACUGGUAAGAAAGAAUUAGUUACUGCUCCAUUAGAUGGUACCAUCUUGGAAGGUGUUACUAGAGACUCCAUUUUACAAUUAGCUAGGGAAAGACUAGAUCCAAAUGAAUGGGAUAUUAAUGAACGUUAUUGUACAAUUGAUGAAGUUGCUUCAAGAUCCAAGACUGGCGAAUUGGUUGAAGCCUUUGGUUCUGGUACUGCCGUUGUCGUCUCUCCAAUUAAGGAAAUUGGAUGGAGAGGUGAAGACAUUCAAGUCCCAUUAACUCCAGGUGAACAAACUGGUCCAUUAACCAAACAAGUUGCUGAAUGGGUUGCUGCUAUUCAAUACGGUAAGGAAGCUCAUGGUAACUGGUCUAAAGUUAUUGCCGAUUUAUCCUAA